UUUGAGAUCUAUCGACCAACACGUGUAGAGCUAGACUUAUGAAUGAUCUGUUUUGGAAUGAGGAAAACACAAAUGCGUACGGUGCAUUCAGAAUAAUAAUUCCCUUACGUCUCAGAUACAACUGGAUCUAUUAAUUUAUAUAGAAAAUGGCAUUGAAAGUAUGAGACGCUAAGAUUGAUUUAUCAUUACAACAAAAGGCUUUACGAGUUAUUAUAGAAAGGCAAACCCGGAAACGAAAUAACGACUGUUGAUGCCCUGGGAAAGGGAUGUGCCUUGGAUUUGACGCUUAAUUGAAAUCAAGACCUCAGGUACCCCCCCCCCCCUCCUCUCGCCCUACAUCCCGUUCCCGGGCUGCAGAUGGAGGAGGACAGCCGGUCGUGGGAGGAGCGCUGUGACCGCUACUUCUCAUCCAUCUCUGACACGGAGAAGGACCGUGGCCAGGAAAAACACCUGCCGCCUCCAACCACCCCCGAGUACACACCGGCCGCGGGAAAUGGCCAUUCUCAACAGAUACCUGGUACUGAUCGCGUAGAGGAUAACGUCCAACCAUGGUCGAAUCUGUCAGAUCUAAAACUUCCACUGGCGAAGAAUAAGGUUUUGCGUCGUGUUCAGUCCGGUGCUUUAGCGCGUGUUGAUGUCCACGGUACAAGAAUGCUCGCGACAUCUACAUCGUUGUUAGAAGCUGCUGUCUGGUCUGUCUUUAUGUUAGGAAGUCUCGCGGUAACAGCGUACUUAGGCUAUCUUAUUGUAUCGAACUUCCAAACGAGUGGUACAGUAUUCAAACUCCAAGAACACGCAUUGAAAAGAAAAGAGUUCCGUUUUUCAGUAUGCAAUUUGAAUUUAGUUAAAAAGUCUUCCAUAGAAAACUCCCCUUCGAGUUCCUUCCUAGAGGAGCUUAUAGGCCGCACAAACGAAUCAUCAAGGACGGAACAGUUGAAGAGGGAUGUGAAACAGGUGCUGGAAUCUAACGGGCACUUCUCGGAGUGGAUUGAGGACGACGCAUUUAUAGAAUAUCUGGAGGCGGACGUGGUUGUGCAGGAGAUGCAGAAGUUGAGCGGCGGGUCCCUGGUUCGGCGGCUGGCGGCCUACCAGAACCCGGGACUGUUGAGGCGACUAGGAGCCGUGGCGACCGCGGACGUGCAGAGGCACGGCCAUACGGCAAGCGGUGCGUUGCUGGAUUGUUGGAUGGGCAACAGGCGCUGUCAGCAAACUGACUACAGCAACCACGUGGACGGGACGACCGGCGGGUGUUUGACAUUUUCCAUCCUUCCACGUACCAGGGAGAUCGUUGUUACCAUGGACAUACAGAUCAGCGAGUACAUACCCGACCUCACUACGGGGGUCGGGAUAGCGGUGUACAUCCACCCAAAGGACACCCCGCCUAACACAGGGACAAGAAUCAUAGCUACACAUGGGGCCCAGCAUAUUAUUGAUAUACAGAAGGUAAAAUCAAUUAUAAGAAAACAGCAUGACUGUGACAGCGGAUCCAAAACCAUUCAGGAAUCUGAGCGAGCGUGCCUGGACGAGCGUGUGAAUGUCGCGUGCGGCUGUCAACUGCGUGGAGACACUGAUGGCGCGUGUGAUCUACUCAGCUAUGACACGUACAUAUGCUACCAAGCGGUUGUACAGGCGUUGAAUAUCAAGCAGGACUGUCCACUUGCGUGCCAGGAGACGCUAUUUCAAGCAGAUAUGAAGAGUGACGGACUUUUCACCGAGGCCGACCUGAGAUCGUUGCAAGAUCUUCUUGGACAUGGAAGAGGUCACUCCAAUGUUUCUGCGAGCACUGUCCAAGAUAACGUUGUCCGGGUGACGUUAGACGUCAGUCACGUUGUAGAGGAGGUGUGGCGGGAAGACGUCGAGAUGAGCGUGCUGGCGCUGCUAUCGGGACUUGGUGGAUUGUCGGCCCUGGUUGCGGGCGUCUCCCUCAUAACCGUGCUCCAGGUCGCCUGGCUGCUUGCUUCCUCCGCCGUCCGCGCCUGUCGCAAGUCAUGUUGCAGGAGAUCAAGUGAGCCUCAGCUGCAGCGUCUUAGUGACUCGGAGAUAACGUCGAUCACGUGGGCCAUGUUCCGUCAGCGGCGACGUCUGGAGGAGACGCGGAACAUCACUUACAACGAACGAUUGAAAAACGCGCAGGCGGAUGACGUGCAGGUCUCGGCAAUUUCCGGGAAUGUCAACAGUCGCCUUUCAAAGCGAUUAAGCUACCUGUCCUCUGGGAGCCGCAAAGAAAUAUCAGAUAAAAACAAGACGGUGACAGAGGGUGAAUCUUACUCCAGCCGUAUACACGGCGGCCAUGCGUACCAGCGCAGGUACAGUUCAAAUUAUGGCCGGCCUGACCCGCAUAGUAGUGGCAGUAGAGAAAUGGACAACAAAACAAACAUACUUUACAAAGACGCAAACAAUGUUCAUACAAUUACAAGUGAAAGUGAAGUUUACAGACCAAACAGAAUAAUGGAGUCCACUAACGGGCAGCUCGACCACAGCGCGUCUUGUGGUGUGUUUAGAGACACUCGUCUGGCCCCAGUGCACGAGGCCGUGUCGUAUAGGGACGGAACGUUUACCAAAGAAGCGAUGCAGGCAGUGAACAGAGACGCAGUUCAGUUUUACAAAGGUUCGAUGGCUCAUUAUACUUCUAAUAAUAUAAGUGAGCCCGUCUACCUCUAAAUAUGUCCGGUUCCUCAUUGUUUUUUUUUUGUAAUUUAUAGAAUCAAUGAUUUUAUAUUGAUCUAUAUAAAGUUAUAUUAUUGAUCUAUGCUCAUAUUUCGUAUGAACUCAUAUGUAAUUGAUGAAUAAAUAAAAUUUCACACUUUG